GAAGACAUGUCAAACAUGAGCCUAGUGACCACGUUCUUCCUCUCAGGCCUUCCCCACCCACCAGUCCUGGAUACCACGCUCUUUGCACUCUUCCUGGUGAUUUACAUUCUCACUGUGCUGGGCAACCUCCUUAUCCUGACGGUGAUCAGGGUAGAUUCCCACCUCCACACACCCAUGUACUACUUUCUCACCAACCUCUCCUUUAUUGACAUGUGGUUCUCCACAGUCACAGUGCCUAAAAUGCUGAUGACCUUGGUGUCCCCAGGGGGCGGGGCUAUCUCCUUCUACAGCUGUGUGGCACAGCUCUACUCCUUCCACUUCCUGGGUAGCACCGAGUGUUUCCUCUACACAGUCAUGUCCUAUGAUCGCUACCUGGCCAUCAGUUACCCCCUCAGGUACAGCAGCAUGAUGAGUGGGAGAGUGUGUGCCCUCCUGGCUGCUGGCACCUGGCUCACUGGUUCCCUGCACUCCGCUGUCCAGACGUCAUUGACUUUCCAUUUGCCCUACUGUGGACCCAACCAGAUCCAGCAUUAUUUCUGUGAUGCUCCUCCCAUUCUCAAGCUAGCUUGUGCAGACACUUCAGCCAAUGAGAUGGUCAUCUUUGUAAACAUUGGUGUGGUGGCCUCAGGCUGCUUUCUGCUGAUUGCUCUGUCCUAUGUGUCCAUUGUCUGCUCCAUCCUGAGGAUCCGCACCUCAGAGGGCCGACACAGAGCUUUCCAGACCUGUGCCUCGCACUGCAUCGUGGUCCUCUGUUUCUUUGGCCCUGGGAUCUUCAUCUACCUGAGGCCAGGCUCCAGGGAUGCUGUGGAUGGAGUUGUGGCCGUUUUCUACACUGUUUUGACACCCUUACUCAACCCUGUUGUGUACACCCUGAGGAACAAAGAAGUGAAGAAAGCCCUGUUGAAAUUAAAAUAUGGGUCAGUAUUUACUCGGGGUAAAUAA